AGUCCGAGAUGAUGAAACUGACCGUCCUCAAAUUCAAUUUUUUCUCAAAUACCAAGACGGUCCGCGUUCAUAUCGUUGAUUCGAAACUAGCCUAACCUAUCUGGUGGCCUACUGGAAUUCCGUAAACAAGAUGGAAUUGCGAAAGGCGUGUGUCGGAUACCUGAGCAACUACGAGGUAUUGGACAUCUUGCAAGGGGCAAAAUCCAACAAGCAGCAUCGUAAGCCCCAUAAUCAGUUGGCUACGAUUACUUAUCAAACUAUAAGAUACCUGGAGGACACGCCAUCUAAGACACAUACACCAGAAUCGAUUACAGGAUUUUUAAAAGCAGUCCAAGCUUUCAAGUUGACCAAAUGUGAAAAGCUUACCCUACUCAAUUUGUGUCCGACGACUGCACUUGAAAUUCAAUUGGUAAUCGAAGAUAGUGAGGAAAGGUUAACAGAAGACGAAGUAAACUCCUUGCUCCAAGUCAUCGCGACACACUUGGGUAACGAUAAAACGAACGAUGUGGAAAUGGAUGCUAACCAGUAAGACGUGUUUUAUGGCUAGCAACUGAUGAUCAUUUAACUUAUCUUAUGUACAUUUAUUUAUAAUAAACAUCCAAGGUAAUGACAAAAUAUCAAUUAGCAUACGUAAA